AUGCAUGCUGGUGGACACCAGUGUAGAUGCUCCGUCGCAAUCCAUUUCCCCAAAAAACGAUCCUCUCUCUUUUUAUUUCUAACUCUGACCGUACUUGUGCCUCUUGGCUGGAUCUACGAUAUUUGGAUUGUUCUUCCAGCAAUUCAUGAACCAGGCGGGCUUCCACAUACUUUUACUUGCUUACUGGCCAUCUUUCUGUUAGUUAAUAUUGAGGGCAACUUUUUGGCCAGCAUGAUGACGGAUACCAGUGUUGAUUUUGAAACCGCCGUGCCUCCUCCUGAUGGCACCGAAGAGCGUCUGGAGUGGAAGCAUUGCGACAUAUGCGAUAAGUUAGCACCUCCUAAAUCUCGACAUUGCAAAUCCUGCGGUGUGUGUAUAUUGAAACGGCAUCAUCACUGCGGCUUUACAGGGUAUUGUGUGGGCCAUCAGAAUCAAAGAUACUUUUUGUGCUUUGUGUUGUACACAGUCAUUGGAUCUGUUCAUUCGUUGAUCUACAAUGCGAUUUACAUGUGGAGACUUAAUGGAUCAGUCUAUAGCAAAAUCUAUUUCAAUUUCUGGCAAUCGAUUAUUAUGACUUGGUUUGAUUUUACAUUUUGGGAAAUUCUGCAGAUUGUUGUCUUUGGACUCAACUUCCUUUUGGUGACCCUUUCCAUAGCUAUUCUAUCUAUGAAUGCAUCUACUUUAUGGCGCAGUGAUGUCUGUUGUCACAAGGAAGUGGAGUUGAAAUACCAUAAUAGAGUUGUUAACAAUUUGAAAAGCGUUUUUUGGGCUACGCAUGCACGUCGCUUGGCUUUUUCCCUACAUCAACGAUUCAUGAAAAAAGGGACCUUCGCAUAUGUCUUUAAUCUGCUAAUGGGCAUUUUUCUGGUACUCAACAUAGAGGGCAACCUAAUUGCAUGCAUGAUCAUCGACACCAGUGUAGAUCCUGAUCGUGUGAAGGAAGCAACAAAUGGAAACUUUAAAGAUUGGAAGCAUUGCAAUCGCUGCGAUCGCUUGGCUCCUCCCAGAUCCUGGCACUGUAAUUUGUGUGGUGUCUGCAUCUUGAGACGUGAUCAUCACUGCAUGUUCUCUGGCUAUUGCAUUGGCCAUCAAAAUCAUAGAUAUUUCAUGUGUUUCUUGUUCCAUCUGAUGGUUGCAUCAAUCUAUUCCACCGUCUAUUAUUCAAUCUAUCUUUGGAGAAUUACUGGCUUUAAGUUCAUAUUUCUUAGCCUAAUAAGCAAUUUGUUGGAUUCGCUUGUAACGAUUUUCUAUGUCCUCAACUUAAUUUUAUUGACUCUCGCAUUUGCUGCACUUUGGAAUUAUGUGCCCAUGAUGAUGUCAGGUGAAGUAUCUGGUGAACAUAAUAAGAAUCUACAAAAUAAAUAUAAUUUCGGAGUCAAUCGAAAUUUGAGAACUGUGCUGGGAGAACGAAUGCAUGUGGCUUGGUUGUUUCCUACUAUCAAAAGCAAGCUGCCUGAAGAUGGUUACUCCUGGAACCCACAGUUAAAACAAGUUCAGUUGGGGGGACUAAUUAUAAAAUAAACUUUGCAAACAGCAAUAAAGUAACAGAGAGCAUAUAUUUAUAAGAUAAUUGUAAACAAAUCAUACAUGAGAUUCCUCUAGCCCAUAAAUGAGAACUGUUACCUUUGCACUUUUUACUUUCGACCCAUCGGAAUAAAAGCUUCGCAAGCGCAAUGUUGUAAAGUUAAAGCCAAUGCCACCUCGCAUUAUCUCCGUCAAAACACCAGAUCCCAAUU